UGUACGUUUCCAUUUAGGCCCAAAGCAAAUCAACUAUUAUCAGUUCAUUCCAUACAUAGGGUCGCGUCGCCCUGAUUGAGUAUGUACCUGGAAACGUGACAUUUACAUCGCUUCAACUAUUGCGAAAAAAUUGGGAGAUUGGGGCUAAGCUGCGACCAAAAAAGCGCGAAAUCAUGUGUAUACGCCAUUUAUCAAAGUUAAGAAAACAUUUUGGGUUCAAUUAAUAAAUCGAUGAACGAAUAAUUGGACAAGAAAAUGACUCACCUGAAACGAAGAAGUAUGUGUCUGCCAUUUUGCGUAGGAUAUUUUCGGUACUCUUUUUCUCAUAAUUAUUUUUUAAAGGGACGAGCAUAUUUUAGCUGCUAACCUAGCAAUUAUAGGCACAUAUCAUGCAUGAGGAAUAAGGAUCUUUGCACAAAUCGCUCAGUUUUCAAUUUGUUUUGCCACAGAGAGGAGUGAAAUAAAGCUGACUGACUUGGCCUAAGUUCGCCCUGAUUGGGUAAUUAAAACGGCUGUUUCAGUUCGGUAGUUUUUUCGCAUUAAUUCUCAAAACCAAACCUGUAAGUUUCAAAUUGUCAAAUAUUUUUAAACAAAAAUACUCUAGAGCAAAUUUGAUACAUUUUAAAUACAAUUUUCAGCCAAAAUAUUGCACUUCGUCAAAGCCGUCAAUUUUCCCCUUGUUUUGACUCUUGCGAAAGCGACAAUUUUGCAUGCGCCAGAUCGGCGGAUAAAAAAAAUUCAAUGAAACAUUGGCAUGCAAGGAUGUUUUAAAGGUGUUUGCAAGUGUUUAAUCACUUAUUUUCUUUUCGAUUUUUAUUCGUGCGAGCUAAUAUUUACAUACGGAAAACAUACCCAAUCAGGGCGACGCCAGAAAUUUAGGCCGUCAAGACAACUAAGAAGUAUCGCAGCUUUUUCAAAAAACUUUGUAGAACCAAUUACCUGAUCUUUCGAAAUAUAUAUCAGAAGAGCCUAAAGGAUUUUGUCAGUGCUAAGUUUUAUGUCUAAGUCUACGCAAAAUAGAAAAUUUUUAAUUUGUAUCUAGGUAUACUCAAUCAGGGCAACGUGACCCUACACAUCUUUAAAGUAAAUAACAACAUACAGGUUAUAUAAGAUGAAAAAGUUACAUAAAACGAUAACGAAGUACAGAUAAUUGUAAAAACCAAGGAAAUUUGCAUGCAGGAAUUUCGUAAGGCCGGUUAACACGAUCAUAUUCAGGUAAAAUGCCCAUCAUAUUUACUUCACACUUUUAUGUGAUCAUAGAAUGUGAUCGUGUAAACGACUUAACAAGUUGCUCCAAGUUGCACAAAACAGCAAGAAUUAAUUCCUUUUAAUUUUUUAUAAAUUGGCCAUCACAAAUUUUUCGUUUGACCACUGUCCUUCGUUCAGGAAGCAUAGCCAAGAAGUAGAGUAUUAGAACUAAGAGAUGCUAGUUCAGAAAGAGUAAAGUACCUUGAAUUGAUAGAUUGAGUUAGCUGCUCAUCAAUAUUCAUUUAGAUAAGGCAAUCCCCUGACAUCCAAAUUCCAUUGAAAAUUUGAUAAAUCGUCGAUAUAUGUGGGCAUUUCAAGACCUUCUGCUUCUAACAUAUAAUUGUGAUUUUUAAGUAUGAAAUGAUUCAAUUCUACAAACAAAGAUUAACAUUUAACACAAUUUUAUUUUAUGAAACAACGAGGGACAAUAACAUCCUAAGAAAACUUUCACCCAAGCAGCAUUACAGAAGAACAUUAUUAUUCCGGCUUGUUAGAGAUUAUUUACUAUGUUCCAGUGGCCCUAAGUUACAGUCAAUGGUGGAAAAUUUACCUGAAUAUGAUCAUGUAAACCUGCCUUUAAAGGAAGAGUUCUCCUAAAGAAGGAGUAUAAACCUGUCAAUUUAGUGAUUAAACAGCAGACUUCCCAGCAUGAAACCAUAUGACCAACGAGAAGAACUGCCACACAACCUCCACUCCCUCUGAAAAGAAAAGAGCAAAGUCCGCACGACAGCCAUCCCUAUCCAUCUAAUACCCCCACACAAAGCAGCCAAUGAUGACAUAGACAUAUUCAUGGUUCUAAAGUGGCAUUGCAAAAAGUCUAUUGUUGGUAUCCGGUGGAGAACAAUGCAAUUUCAGUUUCUGGCUUACUUGACAAAAAUACCUUUGAUUGGGGGCUUAUUUAAAGGAUGGAGAAGGUCAAUAAAAUAGCUGACAUUGCCGGACUAAGUAGGAGAAAGGGCGUGGUACAGUCUUUAACAUUCACAUCAGAUCUCUCUGCAGCUGAGUUCAAACUAUUUGAACUUCCAAAAGAAUUAGUUGAUGUUGUGAAAGAAGGUGAAUGUGUGACUCUGCGUGGAGAUCCAAAUGAAGAAGCAGUUUUGUGUACAAAGAAUGCAUCAUAUGAAGUAAGAGCUGCAGAUACAUCAAAUGCCUUGCUUCUGUUGCCCGCCAUGAUAACCUCAAAAUCUCCAGAAUUUUCAAAUGAGCCAGAAUUAAAAGAUGUAGAGGUUGUUAGCUCUAUUUCGUCGUAUUAUGAACUUAAGAGGAUAAAACCAAAAUUAAGCAAGCUGAGAAAGCUUCUGGAAGAAUCCAAAUUCGAAGGUCUGGAAAAAGAAGAAUCAAAAAUUGACAAUAAGCUCAACCUCCACGAUCUGCUUACCUGUAUCCAAGCGAGUGAAGAAGAGAUCCACCAAGGAUUAGCAGACAUUGGUGCCUUUUCAUUUAAUGGCUAUUGGCGACUGCUAGAUGUAUCGUACAAAGAAAAAGCAUUUUCGCAGAUUUUAAAGCUACUUGAUGAAGAAGGUUGGGAGUUUGAAGAAAUUCCUCUUGUAAGAACAUGUGAGAUUCUAGAAGAGCUCUAUCCACGUGAGAUUCUCAAACACUGCCUUGAUCUUUAUGGCGAAAAAAUUGAAUAUAGAGAUAACCCACAAGUGUAUUAUCGUUUGAUCGAAGAUAAAGUUUGCCAGUUCUUUGCAGAAUGCAUUCUAAGAGGCGCUGAAAGAUUUAAUCACCAUGAGUUUUUCGAGGCAUGGCAGCAAAGUGUCCCGGACGGCAUGCAAACCAACAAGGAGCAGCUCAAGGGCCUUGCACUUGAAGAUAUGACUUCACAGCCUCCUGUCAUUUGGUAUUUUCCAGUCUCUGAUUUACCCGACGAGCCCCUAGCAAGAUUCAACAAAUUGUUCAAAGUGCGAUCGAAAUGGACAAGAGAGGAUAUCGAACCGUACAUAAGCGAUUUAUGCACACCAACCCAAUCUAUGAACGCCCUGCUACUCAAGUUCACCCGCUGCUCGACGGACUCGCUCGGUAGCAAGAUUUACAACUCAAAGAGACCCAUAUCGUAGCAUAUACUGUUCGGUUUGGUGAUGACGACACAUCCAAGGUUACUUGCUGCAAGUGUCAAGAGUCAAGGACCCUGAUUGGAAAAAUGUCCCAGAAACAUGCUGAUUUCUCGCCGUUUACUCGGUUCUACAACGUUCACAGGCAAUAUUUGUCAUUUCUGUCUAUCUUCAAGUUUAAAUGCCAAAAUGCCUUUCAUAUUGAUUAUUUUAUUAAAAUGCUGUUUCCCGAAAUCCAGCAGCUAGCCGUAGAAAGCAAAGAAAGAUUGUGGAAAUUUUCCUUUGCAAACUUUAUUCACAGAGAAAAGACCAGGGAAUUUCGAUGUCCUUGAAAUUCUUUGCUUUACUCUUAUAUAUAUUCAAUUGUUAACGUCUCAUCCAAACCUGAAAGCUUCAAGCAAAAAGGCCAUAGCGAAUUGUUUUUAAACUGUGAAGCUUUCAGGACUUAAGUAAGGCUACCAUCCUUUCAAAGGGUCGCCCUCAUCUUUAACUUGGGCCUUAGUAGCCCAGUAGUUAUCAGGAAGUUAUUGGCCUGAUGAAAAGUUAUGCUCGAGUUGUAUCAAUGUAGUAAAUUGUAUUCUCUAAUAAUGCGACAUACAACACCCUGACUUACAUUGAUUAUCUAGCCCAGCCCGAGCCCAGGCUUCCCGUGUCCACCGUAACCUGGGCGAUUUUCGUUUGAUCUGUGCUGUAAGCUGUGUCCAGGCAGGAGCAUUCAUCUUUCCUCGUUAGCAGUGAAACCUGUCUAGGAAAAACAGAGAGAAUAAGACAGAGUUUUGGCGUGGCACGCUGGUAUCUUAUGUUUACAGUACCAACCCUCUUGGUCAGUGAUAGCGCGACCGCCAUGUUGCUUGGAUUCUGUUAAAUGGAGUGCAUUCCUACCGACAUGCUGUAUUGAUAGUUUUAUUCCUAACUGGUCCAGUCGAGAUCUGGCCUCGGCAGAUGUUGCAAAACUGAACUUUAAAUGAGGUACACGUGAUUCACGCAAGAUAAGAUACCGUGUGUGUAUACAAUGAUAAUUCAUCAAUGGCAGUUACCCUCAGGCUUGUAGGCAUUUAUUCAUUUGUAAAAAGCUCAAACGUGAUUUAAUUAUCAUUAGAAUCUUUUGAUGAGCUUGAUGACCUAACGGACGAAGAAAGAUGAAAUUUUCUCGACUACCAUACUUAACAGAAUUGCAAUUCGAUACUAACUAUUUAUGUUUUUUCUGCUUUGUUGAAACUCUGUUUUAGUUUAUUUUGCUAAUUUUUUGUAUUCUGUGCUAUUUGAAAGGACUUCCAACGCAGAAUUGA